CAAAUACUCACAAACAAAGGGUAGUCUCUCUCCAUUUGUUUAGAGGCACUAAUCCAAUAUCCAUGGACCAAAACAACCAAAGAGUAGUUUUUGUUUCUUGUAUGUUAAUAUGCUUGUUGGUAAAUUUCAACACUGUUGUUCCACAAGUUGAGGCUCGAGCAUUUUUUGUUUUUGGUGAUUCACUUGUUGACAAUGGCAACAAUAACUACUUAGCAACCACUGCUCGUGCUGAUUCUUACCCUUAUGGCAUUGAUUAUCCAACUCACCGUGCCACUGGACGCUUCUCCAAUGGCCUCAACAUGCCUGACCUUAUCAGUGAGCGAAUUGGAUCACAACCCACAUUACCAUAUCUGAGUCCUGAACUCAAUGGAGAGGCGCUACUAGUUGGUGCCAAUUUCGCUUCUGCUGGAAUUGGAAUUCUCAAUGAUACUGGAAUUCAAUUUUUUAACAUAAUCAGAAUCACAAGGCAAUUGCAAUACUUUGAGCAGUAUCAGCAAAGAGUGAGUGCACUAAUAGGAGAAGAAGAAACUGUGAGACUGGUGAACGAAGCACUAUACCUGAUGACUUUAGGUGGAAAUGAUUUUGUGAACAACUAUUUUCUUGUACCUUUUUCUGCAAGAUCACGCCAAUUUAGACUUCCAGAUUAUGUUGUGUACCUCAUUUCUGAGUAUCGUAAAAUUCUUGCGAGGCUUUAUGAAUUGGGAGCAAGAAGAGUUUUGGUGACUGGUACAGGACCGUUAGGCUGUGUCCCAGCAGAAUUAGCUCAGCAUAGCAGAAAUGGCGAAUGUUAUGCAGAAUUGCAGGAAGCUGCCAAUUUGUUCAACCCUCAACUCGUUGACUUAUUGGGUCAACUCAACUCUGAAAUUGGUUCUGAUGUCUUUAUUUCUGCAAAUGCCUUUGCAAUGAAUAUGGAUUUCAUUGGUAAUCCAGAAGCAUACGGAUUUGCCACAUCAAAAGUUGCAUGUUGUGGUCAAGGACCCUACAAUGGGAUUGGACUAUGUACUCCAGCAUCCAACAUAUGCCCAAACAGAGAUGCAUAUGUAUUUUGGGACGCUUUCCAUCCAAGCGACAGAGCAAACAGAUUGAUUGUAGAAAGGUUCAUGAUAGGAUCAAGUGAAUACAUGCAUCCAAUGAACCUCAGUACCAUUAUGCUUUUGGAUUCAAGGACUUAAUUAUUUAAAUAGUAAUACCUUGUUCCAAUUAAUGUCUUUAUACUUCCAGCACAAUAUGAUAUAUUGUUUGUUUAGGCUACAUUGUUUCUAGGUGUGCAAAUUAUAAGCAAAUCCUUUGAAUUCAUUAGGAAUUUUUUCUCUAAGGGUUUGCUUUGAGAGUAUUAUGGCGAUGAAUGUCCCAACUUAGAGAAUAUAUAAAUGGUUUUUAAGUUGUAAGCUUUGUAUCAUUUUGGUUUGAUAGACUAAAUGGUAAGAAAAUUA